ACCAUGGCCCCUCAGCAAACAGGUAGCAGGAAGCGGAAAGCCGCCGAGGUCGAGGGGGGCGCCGGGAGUUCUUCGUCGCCUGGCCGGGCGGCCGCGGCGGCGGGGACCGGCCACGGCGAGGGGCCGUUGCUGCUGGCCAAGAGGCCGCGGCGGCCCGUGGCUCGCCGCUCGCUGGUGCACUACCUGAAGGGCCGCGCGCUGGGCGCCGAGGGCCACCCGGGGCUGGGGGGCUUCGAGGGCGACCUGCGCAGCUACGGGGUCGUCAGGCUGCCCGAGCUGCUGAGGGAGCGCCAGCUGACGCUUGGCCCCCUCAACAAGGUGUUCGCGUCGCAGUGGCUCAAUGCCAGGCAGGUGGUGUGUGGCACCAAGUGCAACACGCUCUUCGUGGUUGAUGUCCAGACCGGCCGGAUUACCCGCAUUCCCCUGAUGCGGGACAGAGGGCCUGGGCAAACCCGUGCCCAACCCACCUGUGGCAUCCACGCUAUCCAGCUGAAUCCCUCCAAGACCCUCCUGGCCACAGGGGGUGAAAACCCCAACAGUCUAGCAGUAUACCAGCUGCCCACCCUAGACCCCGUGUGCUUAGGGGACCGCAAUGGCCACAGGGACUGGAUCUUCGCCAUUGCAUGGAUGAGUGACACGGUGGCUGUGAGUGGAUCCCGCGACGGCACCGUGGCACUCUGGCGGGUGGAUCCCGACAUGUUCAGUGGCAACAUUCCCUGGCACAAUAAUUCAGGGAUUCCACGGUAUUCACACAUUCGUCCAAGGGACAUGGAGGCCAUUCCCAGGGCCACCACUAACCCGGGUAACCGCAAAGUACGAGCCCUUGCAUUCAGCGGCAAAAACCAGGAGCUGGGAGCCGUGUCUCUGGAUGGCUACUUCCACCUGUGGAAAGCCCGGAGCUCCCUGUCCAGGCUGCUGUCCCUAAGGCUGCCCUACUGCCGGGAGAACGUGUGUCUCACCUACUGUGAUGAGCUGUCCCUCUAUGCUGUGGGUUCCCAGUCUCAUGUUUCAUUCCUGGAUCCACGACAACGCCAGCAGAACAUCAGGCCUUUGUGUUCCCGAGAGGGAGGCACAGGAGUGCGUUCCCUGAGCUUCUACCAGCACAUCAUUACCGUGGGCACUGGACAUGGUUCUUUGCUCUUCUAUGACAUCCGUGCCCAGAAGUUCCUGGAGGAGAGGGCCUCAGCCAGUCCAGACUCUUUUCUUGUGCGCACAGGGAGGAAGCUCAAACUAACUUGUGGCAGAGGCUGGCUCAACCAAGAUGAACUCUGGGUGAACUACUUUGGUGGCACUGAGGAAUUCCCCAACGCACUCUACACUCACUGCUACAACUGGCCUGAGAUGAAGCUCUUUGUGGGUGGAGGUCCACUCCCUUCAGGCCUCCAUGGCAACUAUGCAGGCCUCUGGAGCUAAAGCCUCUAUGUCCUUGUAAGGCUAUCUAUCUUUCAGUUCAGGCUAAGGUUCUUCACUUACGUGCUUGUGUGUGAGGUGCGCAUGCACACUUCUAAUAUUAUGUGUGAUUUAUCUUCAAGGUGGACUUGGCCCAACUUUUUUGUGCUCAGCCACAGAGAAAGUGAAAACAGAAAGAAGGAGAGAGGAGGA